AAUACUUUAGGUGUUAUCAGUCGCACUUCAAACAUUACUGUACUAGGACGUGAUCUAAAAUGUUCGUGUAUUUAGUAGGGACCGUUAUAUUCCUGUGCAUUAUACACAUUUUGUUAAACUACAAUGAAAAGGCUCGAAUGAUCAGAAAACUUCCCGGGCCUAGAGACGAUUUCAUCGUUGGCAAUGGAUUGACUGUCAUACGUUCGGCAGUCGAGACAAUGAAAAUUGGAAGAGAAUUUGCCGCUCAAUUUGAUGGAAUCUUUAGAGUGUGGAUAUAUCCAUUUGGUGCUGUUUUUAUUUAUAAUCCUCAGGAUGUUGAGAUAAUUAUGUCUAGUAUGAAGUACGGUGAUAAAAGUAUGAUCUACACAUUCUUGAAGCCUUGGCUACGAGACGGGUUACUCGUCAGUAAUGGAGAAAAAUGGCAGACACGCAGGAAGAUCCUGACUCCUGCUUUCCACUUCAACAUACUGAAGCAGUUCUGUGAGAUAAUAGAUGAGAACAGCGAGAGGUUCCUGGAAGCGCUGAACCAGACCGCGGGGAAGCCCAUCGAUGUGGUGCCUGUACUCUCCGAGUUUACCCUCAACUCCAUCUGUGAAACUGCGAUGGGCACUCAAUUAAGCGAUGAUAACAAUGCUGCCAGAUCGUACAAACAAGCUAUUUACGACAUCGGUUCUGUAUUCUUUGACAGAUUUGUAAGAAUAUAUUUGUACCCAGACUUCAUAUUCAACCUGUCGCCUUUGGGCAGAAGACAAACUAAAUGUUUGAAAGUUGUGCACAGUUUUACUGAGAAUGUAAUAGAACAAAGGAGAGAAUACAUCGAGAAGAAUGGCAUCAACAUUAAUGAACAAAUUGAGGCUGACGAUGAUGACUCGUAUGUUUACAAGAAAAAGAAGAAAACUGCAAUGUUAGACUUACUUCUGUCCGCUCAGAAAGAAGGACAUAUUGACAAGAUCGGUGUGCAAGAAGAAGUGGACACUUUUAUGUUUGAAGGUCACGACACAACUGCUAGCGGUCUGACAUAUUGUUUUAUGUUGCUUGCUAAUCAUAAGAAAAUUCAGGAUAAAAUUAUCCAAGAGCUAGAUGAAAUAUUCGGUGAUGAGGACCGACCUAUUAAGAUGGAAGAUUUAGCGAAGAUGAAGUAUUUAGAAUGUUGCAUCAAAGAGUCCUUGCGACUUUACCCACCAGUGCACUUUAUAAGUCGUCAUUUGAAUGAAGACACAGUUCUAAGUAAUUACACGAUACCAGCGGGAUCAUUAUGCCACAUUCUGAUCUUGGACCUGCAUUAUAGAUCUGACUUAUUCAAGAACCCGACUGAGUUUGACCCUGACCGGUUCCUUCCGGAGAACAGUGUCGGCAGACAUCCAUACGCAUACAUUCCCUUCAGUGCUGGGCCUAGAAACUGUAUAGGACAAAAGUUUGCGAUGAUGGAGAUGAAGAUAGCGGUCGCGAGGGUGCUGAGGAAGUUCUACCUGUCUCCCGUCACGCGACCCUGCGACAUCACGUUCACUGCUGACUUGGUACUCCGGAACGACGGUCCAGUGCUAGUUAAUUUUAUCAAACGAAAAGACGUUACCGAAAUGUGGUUGUAUUUUGGUGUUGUGGCGGUACUUUUGGGUGUUCUAGAUCUCCUCCUGAACUACAAUGCACGAGCUCGGAUGAUCAAGAAGCUGCCUGGCCCGAAGGAUGACUUUAUUGUAGGAAAUGCAUUUAGAAUCAUAUGUGAUCCAGUGGAGUUAAUGAAGCUCGCAAGAACAUUCGCCAAGAAAUGGAAAGGAAUAUAUAGGAUAUGGGUGUACCCAUUCUCUGCUGUGGUCAUUUAUAACCCGGAAGAUAUCGAGUUGAUCAUGUCCAGUAUGAAGUAUGGUGGAAAAAGUAUGAUUUACAAAAUUUUGCAGCCGUGGUUACAAGAUGGACUCUUGCUUAGCAAAGGUGUAAAAUGGCAAGAAAGAAGAAAGAUUUUGACGCCAGCCUUUCAUUUCAACAUUCUGCGGCAAUUCUCAGUCAUCAUAGAAGAAAACACACAUCGGUUGAUAGAUCAGCUGAAGCAGACAUCAGGACAGCCUGUUGACGUUGGGCCGAUACUUUCUGAAUUCACACUCAAUUCUAUAUGUGAAACGGCAAUGGGCACCCAACUUAAUGAACACUCUACGGCCAAAACGUAUAAAAAAGCGGUUUACGACCUGGGAAACAUAUUUUAUCAUAGAUUCAUUAAAAUUUACUUGUAUCCCCAAUUUAUAUUCAAUGCGACAUCUAUCGCACGAAGACAGAAUAAAGCAGUGAAAACAGUACAUAGCUUUACUGAAAAGGUAAUAAGACAAAGGAGAGAGUAUGUAAAAGAACAUGGUUUCGAUAUGUUCAACCAGAAUGUUGAUGACAAUGAGGUCUACGUGUACAAGAAGAAGAAGAAGACUGCCAUGUUAGACCUUCUGCUGUCGGCAGAACAAGAAGGGCUGAUUGAUAAGACUGGAGUACAGGAAGAGGUUGAUACGUUUAUGUUUGAAGGACACGAUACUACUGCAUCAGGACUUACUUUCUUGUUUAUGUUACUCGCUAAUUAUCCGGAAAUUCAGGACAAAGUUGUAAAUGAACUCAAUGACAUAUUCGGAGACUCGCAACGUUGGGCUUGUAUGGAGGACUUGCCAAAGAUGAAGUACUUAGACCGAUGUAUUAAAGAGUCACUGCGCAUGUACCCACCGGUGCACUUCAUUAGUCGGAAACUGAAUGAGGAAACAGUAUUAAGCAACCACACAGUACCGGCCCGUACAUUGUGUCACAUACCAAUAUACGAUCUACAUCAUCGAGAAGAUUUAUUCCCGAACCCCGAAGUGUUUGACCCUGAUAGGUUCCUGCCAGAGAAUAGUGAAGGAAGACAUCCUUAUGCAUACAUACCAUUUAGUGCUGGACCCAGAAACUGUAUAGGUCAAAAAUUCGCCUUAUUGGAAAUGAAAAUAGCAGUUGCGGCAGUUCUUCGCGAGUUUGAACUGAAACCGGUGACGAAACAAUCCGACAUCGUAUUCCUUACUGAUCUCGUACUUCGAAACAAUGGACCAGUGCUCGUCAAUUUUGUUAAGAGAAAUCGAUAAAAUAAUUUUAUUAGAUUAAUCCUAGAAGCUAAUAACUAAUCUUACUCCAAGAUCUCUGGAUCAGUCUAGAUGUAAGCAAAUUUGUCCAUACCACUAAGGGCAAAAACUGAUCCUAAAUACAAAGUCAGGCUAUUUGAUAUACAGUUAGGCUAUUCUACAACUGUUAAUUCGAACUUUCAAGGUGGGUUUGAUCGCAUUCACACCUGUCAUUGGUCUAGAUUAUUCUUACAAUAACACAACAUGAUACGGCGGACUGCGAUUGAGUUCAGCUCGAUCUUCCGAAUUGAAAGUUACAGUAUAGCCUAGCAGGUAAGAAAAUAAAGAUUGAUUGAGUACAGAGAUAGAAGCUGUUACAAAACGUGUAGCUUCAUUAAGUGUAGGUGUAUAUGUAGCUUCGUUGCCUAUGUCCUGCCCCUAUACUGCAUCAAUCUUUAUUUUCUUACCUGCAUGUGGUAUGCAGGUAACUAGGCUGUUUUAUACGUAAGUAUUAAAAUAAGAUAAUAAGAGGUUUUGUGAUGUAAAUAUUAGAUAUUAUACAAUGUGAUAGGGGUGGGACUUCUAACCCGGUAAGUCUGAGUACUACAUCUAAUUUUAUCGACAAAAAAAAAUUAUAUGGGGGGUUGAACCCCCAAUUGAAAAUAUUGAAAAAUAGUGAUUUUUUCGGUAAAAAUAAUUCACAAAUGAUUUUUUUUCUCACCAAAACAUUAUCAAACAUAUGAAAAAAGUAAUGAAUUAGUUAGCCAAGGUUAUUAGCUACCGUUAGUCGUUUUUUUUUUGUUUCUACGACGCAUACAACCUUUGAUAUCAAAAAAAAAGUUAAAAAAUAUUAAAAUAGCCAUAAUUUUUAGGGGGAGGGGAUUUGACCCCUUCGACCCCUGACUUUUGUCCAUAAAAUUAGAUGUAGUACUCAGCCUUAACGGGUUAGAAGUCUCACCCCUAUCACAUUGUAUAAUAACUACUGCUGAAUUUAUCUGUUACUAUAACUUAAUGUAGGUAUGUAAUAGUAAAUAUUAUGUCAUUGAAAA